AAGACUUUCUAGCUACGUGAGGAGUGCUAAUAGAUGGGAUGGAUGGGGUAGACUUGGAAUUCUUCGGGGACAACAUCCCAGAUCAAGCAUCUCUGCGAGAUUUCAAUCAUUUCUUCGAGUUGUUCGCUCGCGAGGGAAAUGUAGUGCCGUUUGAAGGAGGUCAUGAGGUCGGAGAAGAGAUAAUAGGGCAGGCAUCAGACGUGUUACAGGGCAACUUCGACACCGAGGUUGUGCGUGUACCACCGAGCCCUGAGCAGCUUCCACCGGAUGGAAGGCUGGCCGACAUCAUGAACGUCUGGGACGACUUGCCAUUACCUCCACCAUCUGCAGUGUCUCGCGACGAGAUGCAUAUGGCGCUUCCUUCGCAGGAUGUCGUCGCAGAUCGACACCGCCUAUAUCCUGCCAUUCCACGCGCUCCUACGGUGCCGGUGCAAGCCGUGCAGAACCCUGCAAUGCAGCCACCAAAAGCUUCCCAGCCAUCUGCAAAGAAGCGUCAACUGUCUGUUGACGCUUCCACGUCGGAUGACGACGUAGUCUUCGUCGGUGCUGCUGGGCCGGUGCUGGGCUCAAACCGGAAGGAGAACGAAGGCUCCCAGGCGUCUUCGGUGAAACGGAAGAAAGCCAGAGUGAGCGAGGAGGCGAGGGUGAAGGUGAAGUCUGAGAAGGAAGUCGUCGUACUUGAAGAGGGUGUAGACCGGGCGAAGCAUCGCUGGGAGAGGAAGGAGGUACAAGCCCUGGUCGAUGCCACUCUCGGUGUGGACGUCUCGGACGAGUUAUUCCAGCGCCUCGUGGCGAAGAACAAGAAGGCUUGGGAAAAGGUCAGUGAUAUAGUUCUUGGGCUGUCUGAUGCUGAUGCGAAGCCCGUUGUGGUGUAGGUGUCGGCAAACGCACUGAAGGGCACACGCACCUGGGAGGCAUGUCGUGAACGCUUCUUCGGGAUGCGAGCGCUGUACCCAGCAGUGC